AUGCAGCCUCAAGACUAUGCAGGAAGAAUCCCUAGGGAUUCUUUCAUUAUCUCGAUCUCAGUUCUCCUCGCCCCGGCAGUUCUGGGCGUGCUUAUGCGACUAUUCAUCCGAUUCCGUGUACAGAGACAGAGACUCUCUGUGGAUGACUGGUUGCUUGUGCUGGCUCUUUGUUUCCUACUUGCCAGUAUCGUAAUCAUGUAUCGCAAGGUGAUAGAUCCCAUGUAUCUUCUCGUCGCGAUGGAGCUUGGAAUUAAAGACGUCGCUGUUCCGGCGGAUAUUAUCGAAGUGGGCUAUGUGUACCAUGAGUGGAGUGCAAUUUGCCUGACAGUCUCUUGGUGCGCUUUCGGUGCUGUUAAGCUAAGCUUCCUCUUUUUCUUCAAAAAGCUCAUCGACCGAAUCAAGCCUUGGCAGAUCUACUGGUGGGCGAUUACGGUAUACACAGCUGCGGUUCUCAUCUACGGCUCCUUGAUUUUUUUCCUCAGCUGCCCCUAUUACUAUGACAUGAGGCAAUUUACUUGUUCAGUAGGGUCAAAGAAGGGUAAGGUGGUGGCAGAAUCCAUCAUCCUCAUGGUGCUGGAUACCCUGGGAGAUUUUCUGAUUCUCGCAAUACCCGUCAAUAUCAUUUGGAAAAUCCGAGUGCGAUGGACUCAAAGAAUCAUUCUCACGUUGUCCCUCUGCCUAACAGUUGUCAUGAUUAUACUAUCAAUCGUCAGAGUUUCUGGACUAGUCUACCGCGAUAUAGUCGACACUGUUUGGGAAACAUACUGGCAGUUUCUAAGCGCCGAGGUGGGAGUUUUCCUAGCAGCGGCAGUUUCAUUCCGUUCCUUCUUUGUGGCGCAAAAUCGAACACUCUCGCCCCCUCCAUUCUCAGUGAAAAGGUUUUUGCAGGAGUCUUUCUCAUCGCCAAAGCGGCGCCAUCCAGAUAACAUGUCUAGCACUUGGAUCUAUGGCAAUGGCUCUGAGAUGGAAGUGCUGGCAAGCCGGUCUACAACAAGAGAAUUUGACGUCUAUGGAACCCAGCGACAUGUGGACGUUGAAGCUCGCUCGGCCUGUUAG